GGGCGAGUAUAAAAGCAGGCCGUCUGGUCUCGGAUGAAAUAGUAUAUAAUAUUUACGCGGUAUUCUGCUCUGGUGAAAUGCACCGAUUGUAUUCGUCUGAUCACGGCGCCCGUUGGAAGCUAUUAGCUUGUGACUCAAAGCUCAAUUGGACUCGGGCUCGAGGCAUUCUGCCAGAACACACCGCCCUUUAUCCUCAAAUGCCCCGCUGUCUCACUCCCCGAAUGGUGGGGUCACUGCGGGAGGGGCAUGGCGGGGUCGUUCGGGCAGUGAAGCAGGCACCGAUCCGAUUCCCCACCAGGAGCCGGCAUAUUGCAUCCCCGGACAAGUGCCGGAGCGGUAAGUUCAGAAAUACUCGAAUUACCUUCCUGUCCUUGAUUCUCAGUUCUUCCGGUCCAAACAAACCCGGAAAACAGUAAAUUCCCAAGAUGGACUCCUCAGCGAUCAUCGACCCAGCGACGGGCCGUCCUCUCCCCCCCGACGCCAUUGUACGCAUUCUCCACAUAACCAACAAAGUCCACGUCUACUCCCUCCCGCGCGACGCCGUCUCCACCACCGCCGGCUACGCAGCCGCCUCCUGGACCACCGACCCGCGCAACCACAUCUUCACCGCGCGCCUGCGCGUCCUCGAGACCUCAUUCACCUCCUCCCCCUCCCCCGCCACCACCACACCAAAACUCCCCCAACCCCAAGACAACAACAACAACAACAACAACAACGAAGACGACGAAGACGCACCCCAACAACUCAAAGUCGACAUCCUCCUCGAGGACCCCUCGACAGGCUCGCUCUUCGCCGCGGCGCCCUACGCCGCCUCCGCCGCCGUCGAGCCCACCACCGACAGCUCGCGCUUCUUCGCCCUGCGCGUGCGCGACCCGGCCUCCGGCCACAAGGCCACGCUGGGCGUCGGCUUCGAGGAGCGCAGCGAGGCGUUCGAUUUCGGCGUCGCCCUGCAGGAGGCCGGCCGCGCGCUGGGCUGGGCGCAACCGCCGGCGCCUGGGGCGGGGACUGCGGGGGUGGGAGCUGCGGGUGGUGGGUCGGGGUUGAGUGGUGGUGGAGGGGGGAAUUUGCUGGGUGGGUUGGGGGCCGGGGAGGAGAAGCGUGAUUUGAGUUUGAAGGAGGGCGAGACGAUCACGGUGAACCUGGCGGGUACGAGGUUUGGGCGCCGCGCGGGCAGGUCGGACUCGCAGGGCGAGAAGAAGGAAGGGGAGGGGCAGAGCCUGGCGUCGUUUGCUCUGCCGCCGCCCCCGCCGCCGAGCGCGCGCGAGGUGAGGGCCCAGAAGAGGCUGAGCGCCCAGCAGCUGGGCUUUGAUGACGGGCAGUUUGGCGAAUUCGCUUGAUAUCCUCUGUGUUCGUUUGUGUUGAGAGCCAAAGCGGGCGGGGUGUCGUUGGGCCGCCCUGGACGAUGAGACAAAGCUCUUUUCUUCCCUUGUUUUUGGUGCGGGUCGGGGCUUUGGUAGUAGCUGCUCGGGCCCGAAGCCUUGAGGCGACCGAACGUCAAAGAAGUUUGGAUGUGUAGGAGGAGCGGGUUUAGC